AUGGAUGAGGAUGCCGGGUUGUUGGACCGAUUUCAAAAGUCCUUCAAAUAUUACAAGGCCAACCAACCACCACCGGAACUGCAGGAUGUCAUCCGAAUAGAUGAUGGUUCGCACGAGCGGCUGGAGCCGAUAACCCUAUCGUCCAACGGGCAACGAUUCCCCGGUCUGCUGUCCCCGGAAUGCUGGCGCACCUAUCGAGUGACCGGUCGGCCGGGGUUGCUGGUGGUUGCCAACCCUUUCACCGGAGAUGGGCAACGCUAUUGGACAGCGCGUUGUGUGGUGGAUUAUCCCGGACCCAGCAAUACCAACAUUCUCCCGCAGCAGCUAGAUGAACCACUCGGGCCAAAUGGUUGGUGGCCGCUGCUGCAAAGCUGUAGUGACCCUACGAAACGCCGGAAGCUCGCCAAGGCAUUGCGAUGGGCUACGCUUGGUUUCCACUACGAUUGGACAAACAAAACGUACGACGAUAGCAAUCGAAGCCCGUUUCCGCGUGAUCUUGGCGAUCUCGUGCGUUAUCUUGCUGCAGCGUUCGGAUACAAACAGUUCUCACCGGAGGCAUCGAUCGUAAAUUUCUAUCCGGUUGGAUCGACGCUUGCAGGACAUACUGAUCACUCCGAGGACGAUCUUACUGCGCCCCUGUUUUCGAUCACCUUCGGAAGACCGGCCAUUUUUUUAAUUGGUGGCCCCACUCGCAACGAAAUGCCCGAUGCGAUACUGCUACAAAGUGGGGACAUCAUCGUCAUGAGUGGGCCAAGCAGACAGUGCUAUCAUGCAGUUCCACGAGUGUUCUCCGUUUUGGAAGCAUCACUGCAUGAGGAACGUAGCCGAUGGCAGACACCGUGUCCUACGGCGGAGAUAGAACAGCAAAGCACCGAGGAAGGUAUGGCAAACAUUUGUAUGCGACGGUGGAAAGAAUGCCAGAGCAGCUCGUUCUGGAAUCCUAUCGAGGGGUAUCUCGAAAGUACGAGGAUUAAUAUUAAUGUUAGGCAGGUUAAACGAGUUAGUCCUUACGAUGGCGUAUGCGUUUGUUAGCCAUUAAAACCUUGUUAGGUUUUAAUGAAAAGCUAAUCUGAUUUUAAUCAAAUCAAGACGGGGCUAGCAAGGGGCUAGGGCUACCAAAAUGUGCCUAUAGUACAUUGUUUUGUUGCAGUUGUUUAAGUUAAAAUAAAACCGUUUUUGUUUUAAAAGUUCUA